AUGUCAGCAUCAAAGAUCGACUUUAAAACUGGGGAGCUUCCUAUUAUAUAUACAGAAGUAACUAAGGAAUACGCGCAAGUUUUAAAUGCAAACGUCACAGCUCGUGUAGAAUCUAACAACGGAAGCAAAGGUUGUGACGUAUAUUUGUAUGAUAAUGGCUUAGAUCCGGAUGAUAUUCGUGAUGACGGGAUAUAUUCAGCAUAUAUACUUCCACAUUGCCUUGGUGCUGGGCGUAUAAAUGUGAAGAUUUUUGCUAAAGAACAAGAAGGAAAGGUGCGCAUUAAGAGAGUAAUUGCUGGAGGUCAAUCACCUUACCAAGAGGAACAAUUGAAGGAAUACAGCGAACGUUUUCAGCGUGUUAGACUGAUGGAAGACCUCUAUAUUGAAAACUAUGAGGAUCCUGGACUAAAUGACACGGUUCCACCAGGAAGAGUUAGCGAUGUUGAUAUCCAUAAUAUUGUCACGAAAGCAACAUUGUCAGGAGAAAGCAGAAAUUUUACAAUAUCUUGGACUGCACCUGGUGAUGACAAAAGCAUUGGUCGAGCUUCUGAGUACAUAUUCAGGAUUUCCGAUGAUUUUGAAACUCUCAAAGACAACUUUGAUAAUGCCGAGCUGUUGGAUGUCGGUAAUUUUAGUUUUAAGCCUUUAAAUGCUGGUGAAAAGGAAGCAUUGAAACUUGUUGUUGUCGCAGAGAAAUCUUAUACCAGCACACUAUUCUUCGCCUUAAAAGCAGUUGAUGAAGUGGGUAAUACUGGAAAAGUUUCAAACAUUUUGUCAAUUGUUGUUGGUAAAGGAUAUCGUGCGUAUGGAGAGGCAGGCAGUUUGGAAACGGGGGAUGUUGACGUUAAUACAGCAGAAGAACAAAAUGUCAUGAUGUAUGUUAUUCUUGGAUCUGCAGCAGGGGUUAUCGUGUAUCUUACUAUAGUCUUAACAGUCUGUUUGUGUAGAAAAAGAAGAGUCUCGAACGCAAAGAAUACAAAUGUUCCACUUGGGAAAGUAUGA